AUGAACCACUUCAUCGUGAAGAGCUCCAAGCUAUGCUUGAAGAGCUAUGAUACCAACGGUGUUGUCAAUAAUAUCUUCUUCAUACAAAAGGAUGUGCCAUGCCCAAACCUGCUGGGAAAGCUGCAACAUCUUGGGACCGUUGAGGCGAUAACUCCCGACAUGGCCGAGGUACAAAUCUCCAAGUACUUCUUGCACAUGUUCUUGUUCGUUCUUCUCAACUACUUCAUUAUCAGAAAGCAGCUCAACCAAAAGUCGAACGGCGAUGCCAAGACCCAGGGGUCUCGCGAUUCUACCACCAAGUUCAAGCCGCUGGCAUGGAUUCAGCGCAGUGCACGGAACCGAGCUGAUGCCGUUAUGUUUUCGAGCUGGAUGGUGAUCCUUCAGUUCAGCUUCGCCCACGAAGCCUGCAAACUAGCAAGUUUUCUGACCUACCAAGCAUAUUUGGCGGAUUUGGAAUGGAAAAAGCCCUACGUCUUGAGCUUAAUCAUUGCCGCCAUCCGCAUUCUGCUUUUCAUACUUGGUACACUUGGCAGCCUAUGCCCAAUGUACUAUGUCAUGAAGGCGCAAAAGCAAUACAUACAUGCUCUCAUAAACCUUGAACUUUCACCCGAGCAGAAAAUCAAGGAUGAGAGUUUGGUGCCUCAAGAACUUCCAGCCCCUGCUCCUCCAGCCUCUGCUCCUCCCCAGACUGCCCCUUACCAGGAGAUUACCCGGGAGAGCCCCUACGAACGUGAGAAGCGUGUCAUAGAGACUUCUCCUGAAUGGAUUACCCCAACUCCUGCCCUUCCUCUCCUCCCUCUCAGAAGCAACCACACUCACUCAACAACGACUGCUCAACAUCCCACCUCUGAAACUGGUCAGCAGGGUCCUCCAACAACAGCUCAUCGCCCUUCACGCGGUCCCUCGGUAGGAAACGCGCCGCCGUCCUAUACGGAUUCAACCACGAACGGCGCAAACGACGACGAUACCCGCCAAGCCGCUUUUGAGGCAUUAAUUAGACGGCUAAAUGAUCCCGCUAUAUCUCGUCAACGCCAACGAGCCUUCAACAGGAGGCAUGCUUCCAGCUCCACAGGAAGGGUACGAGUAGGACAAGCAGUGGAGGAAAAUGCGACAAAGUCCUCAGAUUCCCCAGCUCAACCUGAAGACUGGGAGUUUGUCCACCACGAAGAAGGGAAGUGA